CUCGCAAACCUCUAUUUCGUCAUGCCAACCGUGCCUGCACGGCUGACAGACGGAUUUGCCCACAUUGAAGAUGGUUGAAUGCCCAAUAUGCAGCAAGCCCGUCAAAGAAUGGGACAUUAAUAGUCAUAUUGACUCUGGAUGCGAAUCGCAUGUCCAAACAUCGUCGCCACCAUUAGAGCCAUCGGCCGAAGACAACGGGCCAGCAGCAUCCUCUACUCAAACACCACAAAAGCCAGGGUCAAGCAAUAGCAAUGUUGCAGCAUUUUUCCAGCCGUCGUCGGUGAAACGCGCAGCUGCUGCUGCAAAUGCCAAUGCGCAGUCGGAAUCAAUUCCGAGCGUUAGACCAGUUCCAUCCUCUUUCUCAACUAGAGCAGCCUCUUUAUUGUCAGGAGGAACAAAUGCUGCACCCCGUAACGGUACUUUGACAGGCAGUGGGAUAAAAUUGGGCGCUUCCAAUACUGCCUCACCUCCAAUUCCGCAACCAACGGCCUUGACCAACGGCACGAAGACAUCUGCUCCAAAUAUCAACAGCAACGGCGACAGCAACAAUAACAAACGUCCUCUUGAACCCGAAUCUACGCCUGCAAGCACCACACCCGCACACAGUGAAUCACCAUCGGCUGCCAAGCGUCAAAAAGUCACCAAUGCUUUCCAAAAAGCUGCCCCUCUCGCUGAGCGCAUGCGCCCACGUACACUCGAUGAAGUAUGCGGACAAGAGCUGGUCGGGCCAUCAGGGGUACUUCGGGGGCUUAUCGAACAAGACAGAGUUCCUUCCAUGAUCCUUUGGGGCGGAGCAGGUACGGGCAAGACCACCAUUGCGCGCGUAAUUGCGCACGUGUGCGGCCGCAGAUUUGUCGAAAUCAACAGCACCAGCACAGGGGUAGCAGAAUGCAAGAAAUUGUUCGGUGAAGCUCGGAGUGAACUAGGCUUGACCGGCCGCCGGACAAUUAUCUUUUGCGAUGAAAUCCACCGAUUUUCUAAAUCCCAGCAGGACGUGUUCCUCGGACCGGUAGAGUCGGGACAAGUGACGCUCAUUGGAGCCACGACAGAGAAUCCGUCAUUCAAAGUCGUGCCGGCACUGCUUUCGCGCUGUCGAACAUUUACUCUGCAGAAACUCGACGACGAAACCAUCACUGAAAUCCUCCAACGCGCAUUGCAGCGCGAGGGACACAAUUAUCUUCCUCCUCAUCUUCUACCCUUUCCUCUUCAUGAUGAUUCCAAUUCCACUCUUCCACCACCACAACAAUCAGAAUCGUCUUCCUCUCCUCCCUCUCCCCCUCCAUCCUCCUCUUCCUCCGCCGCUCAUCAUACCCCUAACCUCUCCACAUCUGCAUCUGCAUCUACAUCUACAUCUACAUCCACCUCUCACAUUUCCGAGCUCCUCUCCCCGCCUUUCCUCUCCUACCUCGCCUCCUUCUCCGACGGCGACGCCCGCACCGCACUCAACCUUCUCGAGCUCUCCCUCUCCCUCAUAUCUCGCUGUCCACACAUUACACCCACGCAACUCAAAUCCUCCUUGACCAAAACCCUCGUCUACGACCGCGCCGGCGACCAACACUACGACACCAUCAGCGCACUCCACAAAUCCAUCCGCGGCUCCGACCCGGACGCCGCCCUGUACUAUCUCGCCCGCAUGAUCCAAUCCGGGGAAGACCCGCUCUUCAUCGCGCGCCGCCUCGUCGUCGUUGCAUCCGAGGACGUCGGCCUCGCUGACAAUUCCCUCUUGCCACUGUGCAUGGCCGCUUUCAAUGCCGUUGAGAAAAUCGGCAUGCCUGAAGCGCGUAUCCACUUGGCGCAUGCCACUGUCGCUUUGUCACUCGCCAAGAAGAGCACUCGCUCUUAUAGAGGACUCAACAAUGCCAUGGCCGCGGUCGGAAACGAACCGGGUGUCGCCGGACUCCCGAUCCCGUUUCAUAUCAGAAACGCACCGACAAAACUUAUGAAAGAACUCGGGUAUGGCAAGGAGUAUAAGUAUAAUCCCCAUUACAAGGAUGGCAGGGUCAAGCAGGAGUAUUUGCCGGAAAAGCUUUGGGGGAGGAAGUUCCUCGAAGAUGAGGAUCUCGGGAGUCUCGUCGAUGAGGAUUUGGUUGGAGACGAGGUGUUUGGAGAUGAGUAGAUAAGGUGUAGGAUCUAUAAAAAAGGAAUUAUAUUGUAUGAGGUAUAGUAGACUGAAUACAUUUGUCGAAGC